UGCGCAUGCGCAAACAUGCACGCACGGUUCAAAACAAUAGUCUCUUGAAUGUGUGAGAUUUGUUAUUAUACAUCAUAAACAGCAGACGUACGCUCUUAUUGAACGCCACACGCAUCAAACCACAACAUUUUCCUCUCAGGAGGCUGAGAUAUAAAGCGGACCCGUGCUGGAGCGGCGUUAAGAAGACCCCUGUUUUGUUGACGAUGUGCAGGCUGAGUGUGGGAUGGACACGUACCCGGCCGUGAGAGACGACCCGUCGGAUGCCGCCAGGCAGCAGGAGAGACACUAUUACCUGCUGUCAGAGCUGCAGACGCUCGUGAAGGACCUGCCCAGCUCGUUCCAGCAGCGUCUGUCCUACACCACUCUCAGUGAUCUGGCCCAAGCGCUCAUCGACGGGACGGUGUACGAAAUAGUGCAAGGACUGCUGGACAUUCAGCACCUGACGGAGAAGAACCUCUACAACCAGAGACAGAAACUACACAGCGAGCACAGAGCUCUCAAGCAGGAUUUGGUUCGGAAGCACAAGCAGGCUCUGCAGAUGUGCAAGUCUCACAAUCUGUCCGUUGUGAAAAGCAACCAGAGAGCGGAGACUGAGGCUCUUGAUCAGCGGGUGAGAGAAGAGCAGAGGAUGAUGGAUUUGGUGAAGGUGGUGGCUGAGAUGGAUCAGAAGGUUCUGGAUCAGCAGAACACUCUGGAGAAAGCAGGCGUGCCGGGUUUCUACAUCACCUCCAACCCUCAGGAGGUGAUGAUGCAGAUGAAUCUUCUGGAGCUGAUCCUGAAGCUGCAGCAGAAAGAGACGGUGUCUGGAUCUCUUCCCUGACCGGCGUGGAUGAGCUCAGGAAGCGUUCUUAAGAGAACGGUCUUUUAGUUGAUGACGUGACGACCGCCCGCCGCUUUUGUUUCACGUUAAAUGUUGUUUUGUAAAUAAAUGCCUUGUUCACGUUCAUGCGUUGUCACGCCAAGAAACUAUAUUUGUUUAUUCUUCAAACGUUUGUAAAAAUACUGACUUGAUUUGCAUCAUUAAAUAUCACAAAAACUCAC